UUCGUGUUCCGGCCUCCCCGGCGCCCACCUCGGGAGCCCUGCCCGCCCCGGCUCCUCGCGCCGAGGGAUGGACCGACCCUGACGACAUGUAGUGCUGUGGUGUGCCUCCUGGGAUACGUGCAGCCAUGGCAUCUGAGCUUUGUAAGACCAUCUCUGUGGCAAGGCAGGAAAAGCACAAGAAUUUGUUCCUGAAUUACAGGAAUCUGCACCAUUUCCCAGUGGAAAUGCUCAAAGACGGAGGACUGCAGCACUUGGAGAGGCUCUAUAUGAAAAGGAACUCCCUCACCAGCUUGCCGGAAAACCUUGCUCAGAAGCUUCCAAACCUUGUGGAACUAUACCUGCACUCCAACAGCCUGGCUGUGAUUCCGGAAGCCAUUGGGUCCCUUGUAAAACUCCAGUGCCUGGAUCUUAGUGACAAUGCCUUAAAAGUUGUUUGCCCAGAAAUCGGUCGCCUGAGAUCGCUACGUCAUCUGCGGUUAGCUAACAACCAGCUGCAGCUCCUCCCGCCAGAGAUUGGCGACCUGAAGGAGCUGCAGACACUGGAUGUCUCCAGCAAUCGUCUGCUGACCUUGCCCGAGAGGCUGCACCUGUGCCUUUCUCUGCAGUACCUCACCGCUGACUGCAACCACCUCUGCCAUGUUCCGCGCCACCUCUGCCAGCUGCCCAGCCUCAACGAGCUCUCCAUGGCUGGAAACCGCCUUGCAUUUUUGCCACUUGAUUUAGGUCGCUCUCGAGAACUUCAGUACGUGUACGUGGACAACAACCUCUCCCUGAAAGGCUUGCCAUCGUUCCUGUACAAUAAAGUCAUCGGGUGCAGUGGCUGCGGUGCCCCUCUCCACGUCCCCGAAGUGAAGCUGCUUUCUUUUUCCUCUGGGGAGCUGACCGUGUUCCUCCCUACCGAGGUGAAGGCCAUAGGGACUGCGAGUGAGCGCGUCCUGCCGCUGCAGGAGCUGGCCAUGCGGAGGCUGCACCACACCUGCCACACUCUCCUGAAAGAUUUGAACUUUCUGUCUCCAAUCUCGUUACCCAAAAGCCUCCUGGACCUGCUGCACUGCCCCCUCGGGCACUGUCACCGGUGCAGUGAGCCCAUGUUCACCAUCGUCUACCCCAAGCUCUUUCCCUUGAGAGAGACACCCAUGGCUGGCCUGCACCAAGGGAGGACAGCUGUGAGCUUCGUAGCUUACUGCUGCUCCAGCCAGUGUCUGCAGACUUUCCACCUGCUGAGCUGAUGAGCCCUGCGCAGCCACCGCGGCUCUGCCUGCUCCACGCCGCGCUCUGUACCGCGGCCGCCUCAGCAGAAGCAGAAGGCUGCAGGCAGGCCGGACCAGGCCCUCUCGCCCUGCUGUGUCCAGUGUGGGUGCUGCAGAACUCUGUGGAACUGUCGUGAUGGGAAAAGACUUGACCCUUCUCCAAGCUGGAAUAUAUCCUCCCUCAGAUGAGGGAGCCUGGAUCUUCUGUGGUUUGUUCAUCCUGACAGUGUCUCGCCCACCUGCUUGCUGUUUGCUUGGAUGAGGCGUCCCAAAUCCCAUCUGAAGCAAAUACGCCUCAGCUCCCUACAGAGCUAUCAUCCGACAGACGGCCAGAUCGACUCCGGCACACACAAACCUCCAGCGAGACUUCCAUCUCCCCCAGAGGCUUCUCUCCCAAAGGGGUUAUCCUCCAACUUUCUCCCACGAAGGGGUGCCAGGUUUUAAAGACUGAGCUGAGCCCAGCACCUGGAUUCUGAACUCUUUAGGGAUGCAAGAGGUGCCUAGGUUGGUGGCAAAGCAAGAGCCUGGGGGAGGCCCCCGAGGACCCCCGCGUGCACCCCCUCUGCGAAACCACAAUCAGGCACAGCCUUGCAGUGGACCAGCAUCUGAAAACCGGAAAUGUAGAUUGUAAUAAAAUACAU